GAGCCAACAACUGUGUGGAAAUUUAUCGACGUUUUGCUGAUGCAUUUUUGCAAAAAAAUUUUAUUAAUCAAUUUGCGUGUGAAAAUAAUCUUCUACAUUUGUUCAAUCAUUAUUGUUUCUAUGGCGACCGAUCAUUUUCCUCUUCCAAAAAACUUCCUUUCAAACACGAAUAGCUUUGCAAAUCAAUAUUUUGUCAAAUAUGCCUGGACAAUAACAAGUGGCCUCAAUGCUCUCUUCAUUUAUUACACAAGUUCAAUAUUUUUUUGUGGCGAAAUGUGGGGAACAAACCGAAGUUUACUGAGACUGGCAUUUGGAACAAUGUGGUGGUACAUUUGCUCAAUAAUAUUUGAAUUAAUUGGUUACAAAUAUGGACUGUGUGUUGGGGGUAACCAGAACAGCUUCAAUAAAGACGUUUGUUCCGGAAGGUGGGUAUCUUUUUCUGUAUCGGACCGAUUGUUCGUAUUGUUUUACGGCAUGCUCAUGACUUUAGAAGAAGUACGAUCUCUCAUUACGUGGGAAAGAUUGCACGAUGUGAUAUUCAAAAAUGAUCCUAACCUGUUGAUAAGCUCAAAGCUUUCAGAAAACCAAAUUGAAAAAACAAAAAAACUGUAUGUGGAAAAUGUAACUAGAGUCAGGUUGACUGUAAUGAUAUUGACCGUAUUGAUCAUUAUGUUAGAUUUUUCGAUGAUAGUUUCAAUUUUAUAUUUCAACAAUAUGCCUCAAAAAUUAGCGGCAUCUUUUUUUGCUUUAUUAGGGUGGCUGCUUACAUACAAGACUUGGUUUAGAAAAAAAUCUAAAUUGUGGUCGCCCGGUUCUCCUGGCGACAACAUGUUCAUUACUAUUAGAUAA